ACACACACACACACACACAGGCACACGCGCCCACACUUGUUCGAGGUUUAUCUCAUCCGGACGUAGCAUUGAUUUAGUUUCUUGAAUGUAAUGAUGAUUGGACCCAUUUUAUUUAAUAUGAAGCACUGCACUCUGUUCCUGUUCCUCUUCUACCUGAUGAUCACUGCCUGUUUGUCUUUAAUGCCAGGCUUCACGUCUACAGUAAUCGAGCUCCAUCAGCCUGCUGCUUUGUCUUGUGAAUACAGAUGUUCAGGUUCAGUGAAAUGGAUCAAGACGCAGACGCUGAGUGAAGUGAUUGUUGUGGCUCAGUGUAAUGAGACGUCCUGCAGCUCAGAGGAGGGCUUUAACAUCUCUCAUGAUCAGUACCUGAAGGGGAAUCUGUCUCUCUCCAUCACUGUAGCUGAUUACAGUAAACGCGGCUGGUACACAUGUUGGUGUGGAGACAGAGCCGUGUACUAUGCAAGUCUACGCAUUAAAGCCGUUGGGUUCCUGCACCAGAUCCCUACUGGAGAUUCCCUGGUGCUGAAUUUUCAGAUCCCUGAGCGUUUGAAGGUCGUGUUAAACAGGAGCGCUGGUGAAGGUGGUGGUGGUGGUGCUAGAGGAGCUCAGAGCUUGGUCUCGGUCCCAGUUUGUAGUGUUGAUGGACGUACAGUUCAGUGUUCUGAUGAAUACAGGAAGCGAGUGAAACUGAACUGCUCUCUGACUCUCAGUGAUGUGCAGGAGGCUGACGGUGGUGUGUACAACAUUCAGGACACUGAGAAUGAUGAGGUUAUCUCUACACACACUCUCAAACUCACAGGAAAUGACACAGAAGCCAACGACACAGUGCAGACCAAAGGUGAAGCAGAGAGCUGGAACCUGAAGAGGAUCUGUAAUGAGGAGUUCAGAGGCUUGGUGGUGGGAGGAAUAAUCGGGGCUGUCAGCAUGGCUCUGCUUUUGUUUGGUAUUGGUUGGAUAGUAAAAGGCUACAGACAUAUCAAUCAGAAAAUGAGAAGAGGUUCGAGAGGUGAUCACAGCACACACAAUUCUGAUCCUGAAGAAGGCAUCAAGCUUCCAACUAUGCAAGAGAGAUUUCAGCCAUCAUGAUCCAUCCUUUUAGGAGCCAUGUUUUAGCUGUUUCACUGGGUUUACUCACAAACACACACACACCGUGGGUUUAUUAUGAAACUCUGAAAUGUUCUGUUUAUAUAAAGACUCUUUUAUUUAAGGGACUGUAAUGAGAAUGUAAAGUAGUGAGUCACAGGAAACAUCCCCAAGCUGGUUCUCUGUCUGUGGCAAGGACGUGCAUUCCUGCUGAUCCACACACACACUCCACACAGUGGUGCUGAGAUCAGACGAUCCGAAUUUACUGCAAAAAAUGUACGAAGCUUAACUUGUGUUUAAUUUUUCUGGCACAUUAAAGAACUCUUGAGUCUGAGCCAUACAAAAUAUGAACAUACAAAAAUGAAAACUAAGUUCGUCGUGACAAACAUUUAUGUUGGCUUGUUGGAGCAAGUAUUCCCAAAAGCCUGUAUGCUAGGAUACCAAAACUUUUUGAGCCAAGUGGAUACUAGUAUGUGACAUUUCACGUCAUUGUGCUGAGUGUUUUGAUAUAUCACAUGUCCAUUUUUUAUUUUGGGGGCGGGGCUGCACGUGAUGCAAUGUUGUGGAAAGUUUUUUGAUUUUGCAUAUAUUGGGGCGCGGCUGCGGGAAAACCAGAAGGCGGUCGGUUCGCCAGUUUAAACCUUUGCCCAGAGUAUCACCCUAAAGAAUAUGGUGUUUGGUGUAGAUAGCUCAAAAGCUUGCCGAGUUAUAAACCUCUAAAAUUUAUGGGUGUCAAUGGCAAAAAAAUGCCACUUUGAAACCCGGUACCGUGAGGGAGAAAAGUAAUUUCUAAUCGCUUAGAAAAGUAAUAGCAACAAACUUCAGACCUUCUACGACAUCCGAUUUUGGUGCAUGCAGCUUGAAAGCCCAAGGAGGAGUUACUCUUGAUAUAUUUUUGUCUUAAAAUGAAUAAACAAUUCAGAAUGUUCUUCUUCAAGCCAACAUAAAAAUAACAUAUGUAAACAGAUUUAUUUAUGUCAGUAAAAUGUCAUGAUAUGUUUUGAUUAUAUUUAUGUAUUUCUUAUAUAAUAAUUUAUUUGUAUUUCUUAUAUAAUUGUAAUUUCAUAAAUUUUUUUAAGAUUAA